AUGGCUCUCAAUGUGGUCAUCCCGCUGCUCAUCCCGCUCGAGGAGAACAUCCACAACGCAACGCGGCUGUUCUCAGAGGACGGCCCUGUGGUCUUCGCAGAACCUGAGUAUUGCGCCCUCGUGUCUGAAGACUCACCAGUGAACACGACAGUCACCACCGUCACGGCGAGUCACCUGAAAGGGUGGCGCGUGAGCUACAGCAUCGUGUCGGGCAACGACAGAAGACAGUUCGAGAUCAACAGCAGUACGGGGGCCGUUAGCCUGGCCGCUGCGCUGGACAGAGAGCAGCAGGGUCUGCACGAGCUGACGCUGCGAGCUGACGGCGGAGGGUCCAGCGCGCACUGUCAGCUGCUGGUGACGGUGGGCGACGUCAACGACAACGCGCCCGUCUUCGCCCAGCCGCGCUCUGUCUAUACCGUCAUCGAGGAGGACGACAGGGACCUACCGCUCACCCUAGCCACGGUGGCAGCGACGGACGUGGACUGGAUAGACAGAGAAGGACUCCUGUACACGCUCACCGGAGACGGGGUAGACGGGCUGGCUCCGGAGGACGCUUUCUUCUCUGUCAACUCGGCGACGGGGGACCUGACGCAGCUCAGGCCGCUGGACCGCGACCCGCCACACGGUCGAGCAGUGUGGAAGCUGCGCGUAGGCGUCAGUGAUGGACAGAAGCGCUGGCGGCCAGUGCACGCGGCUGUCCUCCAUGCCGUGCCUGGCGCUGCUCCAAACCUGCGCCACGAUUCCACAAAUUCGGCUUCCAUGCACCGUUCGUAUCAGCAUUCAUCGCAGUUUGUCUCUUCUUUCGAUCCUAGAGCUCAGUUAAAGAAAUCAGCCAACACAUCCCUGAACUGGAGUUCAGCAUCUCUAUCACUUUCUCCAUACAAGGGAAAUAAGAAAUUCGACAGUAACUGGCAAGCAAAUCAACAAGGAGGAACAAAUGCGGAGCAACAAAUACCUUCCAGUCUCCGGUUCCAACAACAUAACUUGGAUUCGCACCAAAGAAUUCCUACAGUUCCUGCAGGAACCAGAAUUUCCUUGCCUGAAUUUGUGAAAAGUAAAAGUAGGAAUAAACAUCUAUACCGUAGACUAAAAUAUCCGUCAUUUCAACGGCGAUUAGUUGAACUGAGAAAAAAUGUGCCUUACCUCUUCAAAAGACGCAAGCGAGAUGAAGGUGACAAAUAUUUUCCUGUUUUCGAUCCAACAGUUUUCAAAUUUCGCAAAGAAUCUAACGACGCUUUCGAGGAUUUGCAGUUUGACAAUCAAACCUCAUGGACUCACUUGAAGGCGAUUUCGUCGGAAAGUUCUUCUGCUCAGUCAUCGAAAAUUUUUCUUAAUAAAAGUCAGUUCGAUAAUUUGCGUCGACAAAUCUUUGAAUCAUUUCACGAAAUUGAACGUUCUAAUUCCAGUGUAGUCGCAUUACCCACUUUCGAAACAGAAAUUUUACGAGUUAAUCAAAUCAGUAAUUCCAGUACAGUCAGAUUCAUUCGUUCUCCAAAACUGAAAAGCAAUUUUAACGUAGAAGCUAUAAAUUUUUUCAAUUCCGGAUUUACGGCCUCUACAAAGAAUCAUAAUAUUUUUAUGCAAUCGAACCAACCCUUGGAAAAAUCCCUGCUCCGGUCGCGGACAUCCUGUGUUGCUCAUAAGUCAAAUAACUCGAUGUGCUCCUCUCAUUCCGGCGAAGACGAAACGCCCAGCAAGUCGCCUCUUGACGAUGUUCCUCGAGAAUAUAUUACCUCGUCUCAAUCUUGGCCGACUUAUGGCAUGUAUUCUCUACGGCGUCGUCGAUCACUUGAUGGGAGCCCUUCAGCGGGCGUUCUUCUGACCAGCGGCGGAUGCCUCAAAACACCUUCGCUUGUGGCCAACAACAGCGGCAUGAGUGGCGCCUCCAGCACCUCCACAAAAUACGAUGAUGAGUCCCAGCAUCUUGAGCAAUAUCAGCGUCUGCUGUGGACGUCAGAGAUUGAGAGGGGCGUUUGGAGGAGAAUUCAUGUAGUCGAGGCCGAGGUGAUCAUCAUAGUCAAAGACAUCAACGACAACAGUCCUGUCUUCGCACAGCCUCUAAUUUAUGGGGACGUGCAAGAAAAUGGGCCUAUCGAUUUGUCUGUGGUUAUCGUCAAGGCGAAUGACGCCGAUGAUUCAACCGAAGGUAGCAACGCACGCCUCCUAUACGCAAUCGAGAAAAACGUUCUUGACGAGAAAACCGGGGCCCCCAUGUUUCAAGUUGACCCCGACACCGGCGUGGUGUCGACGGCGCUGUGUUGCCUGGACCGCGAGACCACGCCAGAGUACCAGCUGCAGGUUGUCGCUACUGACGGUGGCGGACUUAAAGGCACCGGGACGGUGAUCGUACGUCUAACCGACGUAAACGACAACCCACCACAUCUCUCGAGGGCUCAAUACGACGUCGAGAUCGCGGAGACGUGGGGCCGCGGCCCGCCCUCCGACACGCCAAUCCUCGACCUCGUCGUCACUGACGCUGACGUCAGCAACUAUUUCUUCUAUGAGAUAGUCGAAGAGAGCGGCUGGGGUUGGGACUUAUUCACGAUGAAGACCACCGAGUCUCCCGUACCUGACAGCAACUCGAGCUCGACUGACUUGAUUGACGUGAAGGAGGCCCAGACAGUGAGCGAUAUUCUGUCUGCAUACGACCGCGACCUCUCCGUCUACACCAGAGAUAAUUUCCAGCGCCUGGCGGAGCUCGACGACCAACUGAGCAGGGAAACGAGCGCACGGCCUGGCCGAGUGCCGCCCCCGUCCGUUCAGGGAAAACUUUUCGUGGCCAAGACGCUUGAUUACGAGAACGAGACGCACAGGCGCGGAUUCCGCUUCUUGGUCCGCGUCACUGACAAGGGUCCUGGGGGCUGGUCAGACCCUCGUCACGUGGCGCAGACGUGGGUGAGUGUCACCCUUAAGGACGUGAACGACAACCACCCGCAGUUCCAGCGUCACGAGGCCUUCGUCACCGUCAAGGAAGACGUCGUCCCAGGCACCCUCCUCGUCUCCAUGCCUGCACAUGACGAGGACGAGGUUGGCACGCAGAAGAUCGACUAUCACCUGGACGAUAAGUGGAACAAUUUUCUGCUGGUGGACAAAAGCGGCACAGUGCGCGUGGUGUCUCAGCUGGACAGGGAGGCCGACCAUGUGUCCGCCACAGGUGUGACCACCAUUAAAGUCAUCGCGGUGGACAGGGGAGUUCCUCCUCUCUCUGCCACGGCCACCGUCACCCUCACACUCACAGACGUCAACGACUGUCCGCCGGAAGUGGUGGUCAUGCCUGCGUUCAUGCGCGUCACGGAAGAGAGUCAGGCAACCAAGGUCGGGGUGCUGAAGGCCACCGACAGAGACGUGUGGGCGCUGGGCCACGGCCCUCCGUUCAACUUCAGCCUCGCGCCCAACAAUCCAGCUCACGUCCUCCAGCUGGUCCAGCUCAAGCAGCUGCCAAUGUUUGACCACGGACGUGGUGGCGCAGAGCUCUGGACCGCUGGACCCAUCGACAGGGAGAGCCACAAGACCGUCGUCGUGCAGGUUCUGGUGAGAGAUGCUGGAGGGUUGUCCGCAGUACACCCGCUGGUGCUUCAUGUUGAUGACACAAACGACAACCCCAUGCUGCCUGCCACCAAGACCGUCCACCUCUGGAUACCGCGGGGAGGCAGUGGCGAAGCAUCCCUCGGGCGCGUGUACGUUGACGACCCCGACGACUACGACCUUAGGGACAAGAGCUUCUCGUGGCGCGGCGCCCCCCAUCCUCUCUUCAGCCUCGACAACUCCACAGGGCAGCUGUACUCCUCCGCCCACGUCAGGGAAGGACGGUAUGAAUUGUUCCUGAGCGUAUCUGACUCGCUGUGGCAGCAGCACAACGUAGCCGCGAACGUGUCUGUGCUGGUCCGUGAGCUGGACCAGACCGCCCUCACACACGCCGUCCAGCUGACGCUGUACCCCGUCACUGCACAGCAACUCACUGCCCACUGGACUCCUUCCCUGGGCGGUGGUAUGCUGGGCACGUUGUUGGAUGCAGUGAAUCAGCACCUCAAGGAGUUCAUCAUAUCUGUGGAGGUUGUCAGUCUUUCUGACGACAGCAAGGGUAUGCAAGACGUCGAACCACAUUUGUCUAACAAAUACACAGCCAAGUACCAGACUGAAGACUACUCGGGGACCAACGUGAACCAGGUUGCCGACCACAUUAACCAGCAAGAAAUCCCAUCAAAUCCCAUUGACCAGUCCCAGUCCACCACAUCAAAUUUUGACAACUCUCAAAACCGAGGAAAUAUUUUUAAAAAUGGGUCUAAGGGGAGCGACGAUGCAUCGUGGUCUGGGUACGAUAACCAACCGUCGACGCGACUUUGGCUCUCGGCGAAAUUGGACGAUGGCACAUACAUGGACGCCAUUAAACUGCAAGGUCUCAUCGGUCUACAUAUAAACGAAAUCGAAGACGCAACGAAUAAAAAUGUCUUUUUAGACGACGAGGCUCAGGUUUUCCCAUCGCACUUCUCCUUCAGUUCGCCGCCUGUUACAUGGACUUCAUCGUCAGCAACGUCUCUAGCGUCCACGACCGUUCCGCUGCAGGUUGUUGACAAUAACAACAGUGCCCUAGUGACACCUCGCCUGUCACGCCCCCUCGUCUGCCACCUGCACUCACCGUCAGGGAGCGUGACGAUGUCGUCGUCUCUGGGCUCGCCUCCUACAGGAACCUGCGGCCCCGACGCCUGCCUCAACGGCGGCCGCUGCGGCACAUUCCAGCGAGGACAACGAUGCGUUUGUCCUGGACACACAAUAGGACCGUUCUGCAAAAUUGCGACCCGUUCCUUUUCUGGGUCUGGCUGGGCUUGGUUGUCCCCCAUGCAUCCGUGCCCUCCCAGUCUCAUCAGCUUGAGCUUCCUGACGACACAAGACACCGGCAUGAUCUUGUACUCGGGCUCGUUGGCGAGGAGAAACUCGGUCCUGCCUGAGCCCUUGAGCCGCAGUGACAACGAUGACGUGACGUCUGCACGAAGCUCUGUACGUCGUCGGCAGAGAGCCGCCCUCGCCGUCCAACUCGUGCAGGGGCGGCUGCAAGCCAUCAUUGUGGGACCAAAUGGGAAAAAAAUUGUUGCUGCUGUCAAUUCCACAAAAGUUCUUAGCGAUGGGAAGUGGCAUGAAGUUCACCUUCAGCUGAAAGAAGAGGGGUUGUCAGUUAUGGUGGACCGCUGUGCCAGAGGCUGGCAGAAUCAAGACCAGGAAGCUGGGCAACACUGCGUGGCCCAUGCCAAGUGGGACCCGCAUGACGUCUUUUUCUGGGCCCAUUCAGGCGUUUUACAGCUCGGUGGCCGGGCUCAGGCGUCCCCUGAGGCCCGAAAUAAGCCCAAGACAUCUGGGUCAGAUUCACUGGAUUCAGAUGGUGUCACUAGCACCGGCUUUAAAGGCUGCAUCUCCCACCUGCGUCUAAAUGGCAACUUGAUGGACUUAGGCCACGUUUCGCACGGCUGGCAGACGUCACCAGGCUGCCAGAUUCAAGACAACGCCUGUGUGGAUAAAAAAAUCGACUGUGGGGCCCGUGGCCGCUGCGUGGGGGGCAUCAAGAGCCAAGUCUCUUGCUCAUGUGCCCCGGGCUUCGAAGGCCCGCGAUGUGAGCAGACGACCCGGCAAGUGUCCCUCGAGCGCGGCAGUUACGCAAAGCUGGCCGUGUCCUUCACGCCGGACCCAAUGGCCACCAGCCUGCAGCUCCGGGUCCGCACCCGCAGGAAAACCGGACUCCUUCUGCAGCUCUCUGCGCAUCAUCAAACUGCAGCAUUUCUCUUGAAGUUCGAGGGAGGAAAGCUGUGCGCCUUCAUCAAGGGAGUGGCGGCCUACAAAGCCGCUGCCCGAGGCUCUCCCAUAAGCCCUGUGUCCGAGGCAUGUCUGACGUCAGAUCUCGUCAGCGAUGGUCAGUGGCAUACGGUGUCAGCUCACAGGUUUGGCCAUGAGCUCCUGCUCGAGGUUGACGCAGCUGACGACGCACGUCAGCGCAACGAAAGUCUUCUGAUGUUGACAACGUCAGCCCAGCGCCUGACGUCUCCCCACAACCUCCUUGUGGACAAGCAGGACGGCAUCUGCAUGGGCGGCCUGCCUUCCUUCGCCGGCAUCAACGUCCUCAGCAUCGAGGAGGACUUCUAUCAAAGCUGCAUUUCGGACGUGCGUGUGGACGGUCACCAGCUGCCGCUACCACCUGAGCUCAACGGCACGAGGUGGGGCCAAGUGACCACCUGGCAGAACAUGUCCUCCUCCUGCCGGGCCCCGCCGUCCUGCAGUCCUGCUGCCUGCGGGGCGCCUCUCCUGUGCGUCGAUACAUGGCGAUCCUACACCUGCGGAUGUCCAGCUGGCCAUCGUCUUGGAUCAGGCAAAUGCCAACCCGUGGAUCCCUGCGUGUCUGCUCCCUGCCUGCACGGAGGCUCUUGCGUGCCCGUCCCUCUGGCCACUCCCUCACAUCGGACCGAGGAAGCGCCCUCGUUCCCCACACUCAAACGAACACUGCGAUCGACCAAAUUCCCGUCGCGGAGCCUCACACCAAGAUCAUCCGGAGACGCUGGCCGAAGAAGAAAAAUACUUUAUGCGAGGAAUUUUGUUCGAUUUCCCAUGAAAUUUUCCGAAUACCGUGAACAUGAAAGACAUAUAAACAACAAAUUGGACCUCAAGCGGCAACUAAGAUCAUCAGGAGACGAUGACAGUGAAUUACAAACACCAGAGAAAAUUAUCUUGCCGCCUGAUAUGCCUUACUUGACGAACGGGACCGUGGCACCAGUUUUGGACUCGUCUUUCAGUUGGGCCGAAGAACUGGACGGGGAGGUUGGCUUUCGCUGCGCCUGCAGGUCCUGGAGUAGCGGCCGCUACUGCGAAUGGACGACGCCUCGGCAGAUGGCAAGCGAGCACGUCAGUCCGCUGCUCUUGCUCGGGCUACUGGUGUCACUGGCUCUACUUUUCUCGUUGGGAGCCAUGGGAAUAUUUUUGUUGGUUUUAAAGCAUCGACGAAAGCGCAAGAAAGUUUGUGAAGAUAUCCAACUCUCGAAAUGUUCGUACCACAAGAAAGACUUUGUCGAUGAUACAGCGCUUUCGGCAUCAGAAUUAGUUAUCUCAGUGCCAUCCCCUGCACAUCAAUGCCUCCAUUUGACCACGACCUCCAGCAACACCAAACUCCAAAUCGUCAAACUUGAUCCUGCGAAGCCUACCGCCAAAAUAAAGCAGACUUGCCUGCUGCAUAAUUGCGGAGGCGACGCUGGGGCUGAAGGUGAAGGAACGAUAUGCAGCAUCUCGCAGGGGGUGGCCGACGUCGGCGCUACUUCAGUAAAGCAUCGUAACGACACCGUUCAGGGCCUCCUGCGUCGGUGCUCGAGCGCCUGCACCAGUCCCGCUGAGCAGACGACCGCGCCGGACGACCUCCGCGCCUACGCCUACGAGGGCGAGGGAUCCUCGGGCAGCUCCUGGGCCUCUACGACCUCCGGUUUCCCAAGUGAUGGCAGCAACGAUGACGAGGCCUGCAAAAGUCAACUUGUGCCGGAGUUUUCACAAGUGAUGGACCUCCUCAAAAACCUGCCUGAUUCUUUCAGCAGGAGAUGCCAGGAAGUGACGACCAAGAGAGACCCGUCUUCAUUGGCUCACAUCAUGAAUAUUUCUGAGUCUCAACAGAAAAGCUACAGCGAACGCUUGAAUAAAUGUCAAAAAGGAGGCACCCUGCCUCCCAGCUCUGCAUCUUAUAAAGAGACGCUUGUGCUCAAUGUAGAUUUACGGCACAAUUCCUUGCCGCGCUGCCGUCAACUGCAGCCUCUGGACUGAGUUCAUCACAGCUGUGAUGUUGCUGCGGUCAACGGAAGUAAAUGCUUGGAACUUGAAAAAUGUUAUAAAUGCCCUUGUAGUGAAAUUACUAAUCUCAAUAAAAGUAAAUUGAUUUAAAAUAAUUACUUAAAUUAAUUGAGUAUUUGUUCGAAAACACGCGCUAAGCAAGUUGAUCAUUUAUUGGCGACCAGAACAUAGGCGACGGUAUACGCUACAUCUUUAGGUAAUAAGAUAGGCCUCUGCAGCUUUGAUGGUCAGAUAAUUUACUUCAUUUGUCCUGCAACAUCUUGGUAGUUGUUGUCAAGACGUUACCAAGAACGUCGCCGCCUAUGUGUUAUAAGACAAUCUUGUACGAGUUAUCGAACGUGAUCUUGUGAAGCAUUUGUGAUGAAGUCGUCAAAAGUACAGAACGACUCAUGACUAAUUUGCUAAUUAGUGGUUUUGGAAAAAUUAGUGCUUAUUCUAAGAAAGUUAUAUGUAUGUUAAUUGGUGAUUUUUAUCCAACUGCCUACUUAUUAUUAACAAAUUUUAAUCGAAAAACUGUUAUCCCUUUGAAGUUGAAAGUAAGACCUGCUUCACCGAAAACUAUUAUCUUGAACGCUUCUAGGAUUCAUUUAAUGCAAUAGUAGCCAAAUAAGCCAAUAAAAUAAUUAAAUCAGAUUACAGGUUUAUUGAUAAAUUCAUUUAGUCUAAUUUGUGCCAACUAUCAUCAUUCGCUCAAAUGAUCAAGCAAGUUUCAGUGAAUUGCUGCUUCGAGACAAGGCAUCGCUGUAACUUUUCCAACCUAAUGUGUAGCACUUAUUCUAUAUUGAAUUCCCUUUAAAAAACUGACCAUUGAUUCUAUCGAAAUAAACUCCUACCAGAUGCCUAUGUAUCCUGUCAAUAUCCUAGUUGUCUUACGUGCCCGAUGCAUAUACUUUUAUCUACUAAUUAAUGUAAAGGGAAGAGAUUAAAAGUUUGUGUGUUAUUAUCAACAAAGUCAAAUAUUUUACGUAAAAG